GCAAGCGGAUCGGCUGUGCCGGAGUGUGGUUGACAAAGUCGGGGCGAGCGCGUCACCGAGCAGCGAUCCGUCACGGUCCGUCAGCGUUGUGCCGCGCCGUAUGACAGGCAGGCUGGUCACGUUUCCGUAGAGCGUCCGAGUGGUUGCCGCGCGGAAGGGAAAGCGAGCGAGCGAGACAGAGAGAAAGAGAGAGAGACACACAACAGCCGCCGCAACAAUGGCGAUGGGCAAGGGUUUUCGCAUCUACGAGAAACUAGACUCGCCCAAGCCGCACUCGCUCAUCCUCGAGCAGCGGAAUCGCAAGGAGACGCUGCUCUUCGAGUCCCAGGCGGUCGCUGUUCUCUCCAGCGAAGAGCACGAGUUCCUAAAGCCGAAGUACAACAAGCUCCUGGAUGCCUACGGAUGCCUGGGUGUUCUACAGCUAAACGCAGGGGAGAACACCCUGCUCUACCUGGUUCUGGUCACCGGCUGCUUCUCCGUGGGAAAGAUCGGCGAAUCUGAGGUCUUCAGGAUUACACAGUCCAGUUUCGUGCCUUUGUUUUACAAUCAAGGCGCCGAGGAUCGCGUGUCUGAGGUCAGGAAGGUCCUCAAUUCGGGCACGUUCUAUUUCUCAUGGUCUGCCGGGCAGGAGUCGCUCGACAUCACUCUGAGUGCUCAGAGGAGAUGCAAGUCCACGACCACCGACAACAGGUUCUUCUGGAACCGGAUGCUGCACAUCCAUCUGCUGAGAUACGGCGUGGACACGAGCCAGUGGCUGUUGAAGGCGAUGUGCGGCAGCGUGGAAAUCAGAACCGUCUACGUCGGGCACAGGCAGGCCCGGGCGGUGCUCAUGUCCAGGUUAAGUUGCGAGCGUGCCGGCACUAGGUUCAACGUGAGGGGAACCAACGACGACGGGCACGUGGCGAAUUUCGUGGAGACCGAACAGGUGAUCUACAUAGACAACGAAGUGACCUCCUACGUGCAGACGAGGGGCUCGGUGCCGUUGUUCUGGGAGCAGCCCGGCAUACAGGUCGGCUCCCACAAGGUGAAGAUCUCGCGCGGCUUCGAGACCUCCGCGCCGGCCUUCGACCGGCACCUGGAGAUGAUAAAGAAGCGCUACGGCCAACAAGUGAUCGUCAAUCUCCUCGGCUCGAGCCUGAUCGGCAGCAAGGAAGGCGAGGCGAUGUUGAGCCAGCUGUUUCAGACCCACCACAACAUGUCGGAGCACAAGGACGUGCCGCACAUCUUGUUCGAUUACCACCAAGAGUGCCGCGGCGGUAACAUGAAGAACCUGUCGAAGCUGAAGGCGAAGGUCGAGAGGUACCUGGAGUCAUUCUCGUUGUUCUACGCGGUCGGCAAUACGGUGAUCCUCGAGCAGACCGGCACGAUCCGGACCAACUGUCUGGACUGCCUGGACAGGACGAACUGCGUGCAAACGUUCUUCGCGCUCGAGCUGCUGGCCAAGCAGAUGGGCCUGCUGAAGCUGAUGGAGAAGCAGCAGAUGGUCUCGCGCUUCGAAGAGGUCUUCCGCCAGAUGUGGAUCAACAAUGGCAACGAAGUCAGCAAGAUCUACGCGGGCACCGGCGCCAUCCAGGGCAGCUCCAAGCUGAUGGACGGCGCGAGGUCCGCGGCCAGGACGAUACAGAACAACUUGUUGGACUCCAACAAGCAGGAGGCGAUCGACGUCCUGCUCUUGGGAUCGACGUUGAACACAGAACUAGCCGACAGGGCGCGUCUACUGCUGCCCUCCAACAUGCUGCACGCCGCGCCGAAUCUCCUGCGGGAGAUGUGCAAGCGCUACAACGAGUACGUGACAACGAUGAACCUUCGGGUCAGCGUCGGCACUUACAACGUCAACGGAGGGAAGCAUUUCAGGAGCGUAGUUUAUAAGGACGUGUCGUUGUCCGACUGGUUACUCGACGGGCCGCGCAAAUCUUCCUCCUUAGUGACUCUGGAGCAUCGUGACGACGUUCCCGUAGACAUAUUCGCGAUCGGCUUCGAGGAGAUCGUCGACCUGAACGCGAGCAACAUCAUGGCCGCCAGUUCGGACAAUGCGAAGGCUUGGGCCGAAGAGCUGCAGAAGGUGUUGUCCAAGGACAACAUCGAGUACGUUCUCGUGACGUACCAGCAACUGGUCGGUGUGUGCCUCUACCUAUUCAUACGUCCCGAGCACGCGCCUUACCUGCGGGACGUGGCGGUGGAUUGCGUGAAGACGGGAUUAGGAGGUGCGACCGGUAACAAGGGUGCCGCGGCAAUUAGGUGCGUGCUGUACUCCACCUCCUUCUGCUUCGUCUGCGCGCACUUCGCCGCCGGUCAGUCCCAGGUGAACGAGCGUAACGCCGAUUACGCCGAGAUCACGCGGAAGAUCACUUUCCCGAUGGGCAGGACCCUCAACACCCACGACUACGUGUUCUGGUGCGGCGACUUCAACUACAGAGUCGACAUGGACAAGGACGAGAUGAAGGAGCUGAUCAAGCGGAACGAGCUCGAUCAGAUACUGCAGUACGAUCAGCUGAGGGUUCAGCAGGAGCAGGGUAACGUCUUCAAGAACUUCCUGGAGGGGCCCAUCGCGUUCGCGCCGACGUACAAGUACGACCUGUUCUCGGACGACUACGACACCAGCGAGAAGUGCCGGCAGCCCGCGUGGACGGAUCGAGUCCUGUGGAAGCGGCGGAAACAAGUACCCGACAUCGACUCUCCUACAGACUGGAACCCGGGGAGGCUCCUCUAUUACGGACGUGCGGAGCUGAAGCAGAGCGACCACCGGCCGGUGAUCGCGACCAUCGACAUCGACGUGCACUGCGUCGAGCCCGAGAAGCGCGAGCGCGUGUUCAAGGAGGUGAUACAGGACCUGGGGCCGCCGGACGGCACGAUCAUAGUCAAGGCGGUGGAGGACGUCGAGGACAUGGACAGCGUGUUCGACAACAACCUGAUAGCCGCGCUGAUCCAGGACCUCUCUCAUAUAGGCGAAGCGAUCCUGGUGCGUUACGUCGGCGAGACCAUCUGGGUGACGUUCCGGGACGGUCAGUGCGCCCUGGCGGCCGCGAAGAAGGGCAUGACGCAGGUGUGCGGCCAGACGCUGAGGCUGUCGCUCAAGUCGCCCGAUUGGGUGCAGCUGAUCGAGAAGGAGAUCGAGAUCUGCAGCAACACCACCAUCGCCCAGUUCACCGCGAGCUCGCCGCUGCGCAGUCCCAUGCAGCGGCUGGAGCAGCUGGAGAUCGCCGAGCGCGUCUCGCCCAGCCGGAGCAGCCCGAACGACGUGAUCCCGCCGCCGAGGCCGGCUCCACCGGGCCGGCCCACGCAGCCUCCGAGGAGCCCCGCUCAAGAACGGAAGCCGGGCCCCCGAGCCGGGGUCUUCAGUGUGUUCCACAACCAGUUCGCGCCGCCAACGCCGCCGUCGACGACACCGGUGCUCGCCGACCAGCCCGCCGAGGAUAUCCGCCAGCAGGACGGUAGCGGCCGACUGUCGCCGGACUCCGCCAUCUACGAGGAGAUCCCGGACGGCUCGCCCAGCUACCCCGUGCCGAACCGACCGCCGCCCCCGUUACCGCGCAUGGACGGCCCGCAGGAGCCGCUGAGUCGACCCAGCCGGCCGCCCCCCAGCUCGAUACCGCCCUUGUUGCCGCACCGGCAGGCCCCGCCGCCGCCGCCGCCGCAUCUCCCGCCCAAUCUGCCGCCGUCGAGCGUGCCGCCGCCGGUGCCGGCCAGGACAGGCGGCGGGCCGCCUAUCCCGGCUAGGAAUCCUCAUUAAGGGCGAGGGGGACGCGACGAGAAAGAGAGAGUCCAGGGUAUGUCCGAGCGCGUCACACCGGCACGUGUGAUUAUUUAUGAAAGAGCCGAGACGAGUCUUCGCUUCCACCUUCGCCGAGUUCCGGAUAUACGUAGCGUAGUGAGAGAGAAAGAGAGAGAGAGAGAAAGCUCUUCUUUCUUCCUUGCCCCUCCCCCCUCUCAUCCCUCCUUCUCCUUUCCCCGAAUCUAUUCUUCUGUGAUCGACUGCUCCGAGGACGAUGCUGGGCACAGCCGGAGGGUAAUCUCGAGAUCAUUCUCGAUCUCGCAACGCGAUCGCAGGAACGAUUUUGACUGUGUAGAUUUGUAUUUAUACAAUCCCCCUCCUGGAUCUGUAAAAGCCGCGCUUUAUCCCGUUCGCGGUGGCAGACCCUGUUGACCAGUUCAGAGAGAAUACUAGGGACCGUUGUUGUUUCCGCCACGAAUGUUCAGGCAGCCCGGGAGAGAUAGUGUUGUUAUUGUCAUACCGACGAGAUUCGAUUUACGCCUGUUGACCGUGACGUACGAGGUGAUAUCAGGCACACUUUCCUGUUCCGGAGUGUCAUGUAUCCGAACGAAUUCCAAAACAAUUCUUCCUCCUGCAAAAUGUCACACGUAGUUUGGUUUUUGAGCUAUAAGGAUAAAUUGUUUGGCUGUUUCGGGUUGGGUAUAGAAAGUAGGCAGAAGCGGCACGUAUACGUUGGGCGUCUGAUACGAUAAGUUCUGAUCGAUGCAUCUGAUAACACUCGUACACGUAUUCUUUUUUUAAUUUUCUUUAAUAAUCGUGCAUGAUCGCAAAUGUUUUCAAUUAGUAGGAUAAGAUUAUGAUGAGAUAUUCGAGGAUAAAAGUAUUACAGCUCUUCGUUCAAGAAUGCGGCAUUUCAAGAACAGGAAGUUGUUCCGGAUCACCUUGUAUGGAGAGAGAUUUACAAAUGUAUAUUCGAGAUCCGUUGAAAAAGGAAGAGAGAGAGAGGGAGAGAGAGAGAGUGAGUGUUGUAAAAUUGGGUAUACGGCGCGUUGAUACAUCGUGAGCAAGCCGAUGCUCGUCGAGGAGUUCCGAACGACGAGACAUCCGCGGCACAAUGUUACAGUUUACCGUCACUGUGUAUCUCUCCGCUUCUAUUGUAUAUUAAUUUAAGGUGUAACUCUGUCGAUGUAUUAGACGCGCUUUUGCGACUUAGGAAUCCCUAUGGACAUCUUGAUAGUGUAAAUGUACCGAGAGAGAGAGAGGGAGAGAAAGAGAGAGAGAGAGAGAGAGAGAGAGAUGAAAAUGUGUAACUAUGUAGCACGAUACUGCACGAGGAGUAAGCACUUAAAGUCCUGACUUAAUUUUACGCGUAGUGUGCGAGAGGAAAGGUGGUGGAUGAGGAUACAGUAUGUCCUCGCGAUCGCACAGUGGAGAGAAGGGACAUUCAACACAGUCUUUCCUGGAAUUUCUCCGAUUUCCUCAACGACAUGCGCUCGUCAUUGAUCGUCCUAAAAGAAGGCUGCUAAUUUUAAACCUUAGAUCAUUCUAUGUGAUGUUUAUUUUCGUUCGUCACUUCUUCUAGUUUCGAUGUUCCUACUUACGUCUUACCGUCGAACUCUGCGACGUACCAGAAAAAGAACGACCGAACCGGCCUGGUAUAGUCGAUAAUUGUUGUAAAACGAAACGUUCCCAACAUUGACACGACCCACCCAAGUUUACUAUUGAAUUGAUAUCUUCGGCAUAGGUAAUACGUACAAGGUGGAGAAAGCUUUACCACCAGGCCGUUUUCUUCCACGCCGAUUCUCUGUCCGGUGUGUCGUCGAGUUCGCUGCAUCGUGCACAUUCCAUCGGAAGCGUCCGUCCGAGUGGUCCAACGGUUCCGUCUGAAUUCCUCCUUCACGAGCCUCGUCCUUCUGUCCCCCGGGAGAUUCACACAACAUCAUGACCCUUACAUUGUACUUUCAUCGGUGAACAGACACACUGGUACUUCGACUGGCAUGGUGAUCCGUAACACCGAAGUUACUGCUGUGUUUCCUUAAAAAUGCAUGAGCAUCGGCCUCGCUUUACACAUUCGCUGCGUCACACAUGUGUGACGCACGACGUGAAAUAUCCGAUCUAUUUAACGGUUUUUUUUUGUGUGCCGGUCAGCUUCAUUUCUUGAAACUGUACAAAAAAGUCAACGAAAAAGUGUCUUGCCGAAUUUUUUUGCAUGAAAAUCCUUUAAAAUCGUUCUGUCAGUACCAACAAAUUUUUGUCGGUAUUGUGGAAAUUUGAAAAAUAGAGCUGAUCGGUUUUCGCACCAAAUAGAACGUUGGCAGAAGCGAUUCAAUUUCGAUUCGAGUGCGGUAGCGAACGUGUUACAGAUGCAUCAUCAUGUGGAAGACAAGCCUGUGUGUAGUCAAAUGGGAGAUCAGAUUCUCAGUUACACGUAUAAUAUCGUAACUCCCAAGGAAACACGGAUGAGUCGCGUACAGUCGAAGUACCGAUAUCGUUACAGAUUGUACAUACUUCUCUAUUUAUCCCACUUUCAAUUUUCCUUCAUCGCCCUCAGCUCACUUGUAUCACAAAAGUGGCACUAAUCGCAGGAAAGUGGACGCCCAUGAUACACAUACGUGUACAUUAGUAUAAUAUAAAAAUGUCUUAGCAAUGUAAGAGAGUAAGAGAGAGAGAGAGAAAGAGAGAAAAGGGAGCAUAGUCCCUGGAAAUACAAUUACAACAGCUUCAUUCUGUACCUCGAUGACACGCGUUAGUCUCUGCAUCUCGCUAGUUUAAAUGAACCGAUAAUGAACCGAUUCGCCUGCGAAAGAUGUAAAACGCGUGUGCGUGUGUAUGUAUGUAUGUAUGUAUGUAUGUAUGUAUGUAUGUAUAUAUACAUACAUGUGUACCGAGUGGUCCAAUAAAGAAAAAAAAUCGGACGGGAACAGAGACAGCGUCAGCCUUUAAAAAAGAAAUUUCGUUUAUUGAUCUAA